CCGGGCGCACUGGGAGUUAAUCCGAAAGCGCCGCAAGCCCCGCGGGCCAGACUCCACGUGUCACCGAGAAGCUGAUGUAGAGAGGAGACAGAGAGAGAAAGAAAGCAAGAGACCAGAGUCCCGGGAAAGUCCUGCCGCGCCUCGGGCAAUUAUAAAAAUGUGACCCCCCGGGUCGGCCUUCCAGCCACCACCCUCACCUGCCGCGUGCACCCGUCUGCGUCCAGCUGCCCGCUCGGUUCGGUGUCCCCGCAGCGCCGCUCAGCAUGUGCCCGCCUCGCAGACUCCUCCUUGUGGCCACCCUGGUCCUCCUCCACCACCUGGACCACUUUAGUUUGGCCAGGAGCCUACCCGCCACCACAGCGGGCCCCGGAAUGUUCCAGUGCCUCAACCACUCCCAAAACCUGCUGAGAGCCGUCAGCAACACCCUUGAGAAGGCCAGACAAACCCUAGAAUUUUACUCCUGCACUUCUGAAGAGAUUGAUCAUGAAGAUAUCACCAAAGAUAGAACCAGCACAGUGGAGGCCUGCUUACCACUGGAAUUAGCCACGAAUGAGAGUUGCCUGGCUUCCAGAGAGACCUCUUUAAUAACUAAUGGGAGUUGCCUGUCUUCCAGAAGGAGCUCUUUUAUGACGACCCUGUGCCUUAGCAGUAUCUAUGAGGACUUGAAGAUGUACCACAUGGAGUUCCAGGCCAUGAACGCAAAGCUCCUGAUGGAUCCUAAGAGGCAGAUCUUUGUGGAUCAGGACAUGCUGGCGGCUAUUGCUGAGCUGAUGCAGGCCCUGAAUUCCCACAGCAAGAUUGUGUCACAGAAACCCUCCCUGGAAGAACUGGAUUUUUAUAAGACUAAAGUCAAGCUCUGCAUACUUCUUCAUGCCUUCAGAAUUCGUGUGGUGACCAUCGACAGAAUGAUGAGCUAUCUGAGUUCUUCCUAA